AUAUUGUGAAUGCUUUGCGCCACCACGUCGUUUGAAUCCUCUGCUCAACGUGUCUGCCGGUUUCUGGAUAUGCUUGGACGUGCGCAUCCUUCUAACGCCAUAUUAUAGGUUUCAUAUGCUUACAAGAAGUUCUGUGGGAAUGGAACGAGUUCGGAGAACAAAAGGGAUGCAGAGGUGUGCAUUGUAUUUGGUCCGUCUUCUUGUAACCUACCAACGAAUAUGCCUUCGCUUUUGUUCACUGCAGAAUAUGUGCAUGGGAGGGUGUAGAGCCGUGCAUGGGAAAGGUCAAAGAUGCAGUGGGUCAAAGGAUAGGCUUCCGCUCGGGUAACCUGUCCCUUUGACCUCCUUUUUUGUUUAUAAAGGACAAGGUGCGUGUGCCUCUCGCCAGUCUCACUUCUUAACUUUCAACCAACUGCUGUACCCACUCAACCCACUCAUCAUUAUGUCCUCUCAACUCAAUGGCAAUGCCGCUCCCUUUGCUCCUCGGGCAAGACACCCUCAAGGUAAUAGCCCGAUGCCAGUGGCCACACCCUCAACGACACCGGGAUUGACAAACAACGUCUCGGUGGCCUCAUCCUCCACAUGCACAACACCUGAACGACUGUUGAGGGACUCUGUGGCCGCUCGUCAGCCCGGCUCUGGCAACAAUAUGUCUAUCUUUUCACCAGAGUAUUGGGAUCCUCUGUUAUACGGGCCGGUCCCUGUGGUGACUAAAGUUGCCACUCGUACCACGUUUACUCCAAGUGAAUCAGCGUCUACGUUCAUCCCUACCAUUAUUCGUCAACGUGCACUUGCGGAAGGGCAGACCGUCGAGGACGGAGAAAAUCCGUGGCUCAAUCAUACGCCAUGGAUAUCUAUCUUCCGUGUAGGUACCGCUGCAGAAGUUAUCCGCAAAGAACCGCGACGCGUGGAGAGUAUAGAAAAUCUUGUCAUGUGCACCAACUGGGACUUCGCCAAUGUUUCGCAACUGGCUGGCCUGUUCGUUGAUCGUGUCGUGGAAGCGUCCGCCGUAGAGCAACUGGAGGAUUUCUCGUUGCAACUGACUCGGUACGCUCAGGAAUUGUAUAAUGAGUUUAACGCAAAAGUCGAUCCUAGGGCUGCGGAGUACUUUGCUGCUAUGCUAAAGUAUUGUACUCUGGCCGAAUUCAGAGCGUGGUGGCUCACGAAAUACCCUUCAUGUGUGGUAAAACUGCGCCAGAACACCCCCAGUCCUUCUCAUGCGCAACUUGAACGCAAUCUGAAUGCGGCACUUGCUGUGGCUACCUUUGUCGGAGACUUGUAUGCUUGGCAGUGUCUGACGCCGCCCAUCGUCAAACUUUGUCUGGAUAUCGUUGCUCAUGAUGACCUCUCAGUAGUGGAAGAGUUGGAGGCCAUACUGCGAAUAAUCAGUCGAGGUGAUGAAAAACUGUACCAAAAAACCCUUCUCAUUGAUUUCCUUGAACUGGUCGAAGAUUGUGCCGCUCGGAUGACCGAUUCCUCUGCUGCGGUGUAUCAAGGUCCUGUUAAGGCUCAAAUUGAGCAUCUAGUUCAGUGUAUUUCCGGACAAAUUAAUACCUGGGCUUCUACUACCAAGGAGCCAAAGCCGGUCGACGUGUCACCUUUGGGGGACGACUAUGCAGUGUUCUUACCUGAUGCGGAAGAAAGAGAGGCCGCAGCAAAGACGAAGGCCAGGCAAGAAGAAAGGACUCCUAUUUCGUUCCAACCACCUCCGUCAGCUCUUCAGCUACCACCUACUUCCCAGAUGCAGCCCCCGCUGUACACGGCUCAACCAGCCAUUCAUACAUCAACUCCUAAGACCAUUAGCUAUCACGCUCCUCCUAGUCAUAUUCCAUUCGACCCAUUCGCCUUAGCCCAACAAGCUUACUUACGACAAUUGGCACGAGGAAACAUCGCACCACUUGCACAGAAACCUCACUCGCUUUUUCCAAUGACUGUUCAACAGGCUCAGUUCCCAAUCAGCGGGACCCAUAAUCUUCCGCUAUGAUAUUCGUUCCCGAAUCAUUGAAGACGCGUUGCGCGGACGUGGACAGUUCUUCAUUCCUCAUAGAGGUUACGUUUUCUUAUUUGUAGACUUUCAAAUCGUAGAUGCAGCUGAUUGUUCAGCUUUGCCACAUCACUGUUGUUAGAUUUCUUGCGCUUUUUCUUCCAGCGUGAGAUGUAAACGUAAACACGCUCUGUCUUCUUUACCUACCAUUGUACAGCAAUAAAAUACCUUCAGUCAUAUGGCUUGUCGC